AGCCGCAGCCGCACGAUGCCCGGGGCCGCGCUGCCCAGCCUGCUGGCCUGGCUGGCGGUGCUGCUGCUCGGCAGGGCCCGCCCGGCCGACGCCUGCAGCUGCUCGCCCAUCCACCCGCAGCAGGCCUUCUGCAACGCCGACGUAGUGAUCCGAGCAAAGGCCGUCUCUGCAAAGGAAGUGGAUUCAGGGAAUGACAUUUAUGGGAACCCCAUCAAGCGAAUCCAGUACGAAGUGAAGCAGAUCAAGAUGUUUAAGGGCCCUGAUAAGGACAUCGAGUUCAUCUACACGGCGCCGUCCACAGCAGUGUGCGGGCAGCCUCUGGACACAGGAGGCAAGAAGGAGUACCUGAUUGCAGGUAAAUCCGAGGGCGAUGGCAAGAUGCACAUCACGCUGUGUGACCUGGUUGCCACCUGGGACUCACUGAGCCCUACCCAGAAGAAGAGCCUCAACCAGCGGUACCAGAUGGGCUGCGAGUGCAAGAUCUCACGCUGCCUCUCCAUCCCGUGCUUCGUCUCCUCCUCGGAUGAGUGCCUCUGGACAGAUUGGGCGAUGGAGAAGAUCGUGGGCGGGCGGCAGGCCAAGCACUACGCCUGCAUCAAGAGGAGCGACGGCUCAUGCGCCUGGUACCGCGGCAUGGCCCCCCCGAAGCAGGAGUUUCUCGACAUCGAGGACCCCUAAGCCAAGCGAGUGCAUUCCAGUAGCCAGUAGAAAAGCCCAGCGAGAUGUUAGACUGGUCCACGCCGACAUCGGGGCCUGGAGACAGCAUGAAAACCCACACAGCCCCGAGGGGCCGCAGGGCACGGAGCUGCCAUGUGUGCGUGGGGCGGGGGGGGGUCACUGCACCGCUCACACUCUGCACCACGCGCACCCUGCAGCAGGCAGGGCAGCCCCAUUCCCUGCAGGCUGAAUGCUGGUGAGCAGCAGCAGCUGCCCCCGGUCUUCAGGGCCCCCGCUGCCAACUGCAGCUGCCCAGCACCAGGGCCACGCUGUCCCCAUCCCAUCCCUUGCUGUGGGUGCAGCUUGGCACCGACUGCUCCCACCUGCAGUGGGGCUCUCACCCAUUGUAGCCCUUAGGGACGGGAUGGGGGUCACCUCUGGCCCCAGGGGGGAUGGCUGCAGGACACCGACCCCACACCCCCUCUCUCUGAGCCAUUUCCCCCCCCCCCCACACACGGCCGGUCCCGGCUCGGGACGUUUUCAUGCUUUGCGUCCCCAUAGGGUGACGAUGUGGUGCUGGACCAGUCUGGGCAACUUCGACGUGUUAAAGGAAAAAGUGAAAGAAAGAAAAAAAACAAAACGGAAAAAGGAAAAAAAAAAAAAAAAAAAAAAAAAAUCCCACCCACCCUCUAAUCAGUCCCAUAUAGGACUCCCGUUCGCUUCUGUAUGGUUAUAUCAUAUGUGACAUUUACUCCUGUCUCUGCUGGUAGCCUGUCUCUGAGUUAAUACCCCCACUGUUCUGCCAUCAGCUCUAUCAUUCCCGUGCUGUGAUAUUUUUUUUGUUUGUUUGUUUUUUUGGUGGUUUUUGUUUCGUUUUGUUUCGUUUUGAUUUCCCUGUUAGGUGUUAGAAUUGCACUUAUUUUUGUAAAGGGGCUCUGCAGUGGGUCGGGGGGAAUCAUGGAGGGGCUGUGGGGCAGCGCCCGGGCAGGCCCCGGCCCCCGGCCCCCCCCCCAGUCCCCCAGAACUCCCCGGAGCUGCUUUAAUUUAUGGCCGUGGCCCCGCUCCGGGCCAGCAGCUCGAUGUGGUGUAUAAAAAGAAGGAGAAAAAAAAAAAAAAAAGGAAAAAAAAAAAAAGACAAAAAGUUUACGUAUAGUUAUUU